GUGUGAUUUGUGUUGUUUUGUAUCCUGUCUCAUUCUUUUCCCAUUAGACGUUUAUUUUUUUCGAAUUUGUCUAAUUAUUUAUAAAUAUAAAUCUAUUUAUAUAUCUAAUUUUUUCAGUGGUAUUCUUCGAAUGAUCUGCUUUAUUCGAUCAAUAAAAUAAGAAUAAAAAAAAAUCACCGCAUUAUAUCAUGAAUUUAGAACUACUCGAAUCAUUUGGUCAAAAUUAUCCAGAGGAGUUCGAUGGCACACUAGAUUCAAUAUCGUUAGCGGCAACUUGUUCCUUCAACCGUCGCGGUACACUGCUGGCAGUGGGUUGUAACGAUGGCAGAAUCUUCAUUUGGGACUUUCUGACCCGCGGCAUAGCUAAAUCAAUAUCGGCACAUGUAUAUCCAGUGUGCAGUUUGAGUUGGUCAAGGAAUUGUAAAAAGCUCCUGUCAGCAUCAACAGAUCACAAUGUGUGCAUAUGGGACGUACUGUCCGGAGAGUGUGAGCAGAGAUACAGGUUCCCAACACCAAUACAAAGGGUACAGUUUGAUCCUCGCAAAGAUAAAAAGUUUCUUGUGUGCCCGGUCCGACACGCAGCUCUACUGGUCGAUACAGACGGAGACCACAAAAUAUUACCAAUAGAUGAAGAUGGCGAUAUUAAUGUCAUAGCAUCUUUUGAUCGCAGAGGGGACCAUGUGUACACGGGCAAUGCGAAAGGCAAGAUACUGAUUCUAGACACUCAGACAUUAGCCAUAAAAGCUAGUUUCAAAAUAACCGUCGGUACCUCGAGCACUACUAGUAUCAAGAGCAUAGAAUUUGCAAGGAGAGGAGAUUGUUUUCUAGUAAACACUGCUGAUAGAGUUAUUCGAGUAUACGACACUAAAACCGUACUCAAAUGUGGCAUAAAUGGAGAUCCUGAACCAAUACAGAAGCUACAAGACCUUGUAAACAAAACGACGUGGAAGAAGUGCUGCUUCUCGGGCGACGGGGAGUACAUCUGCGCGGGCUCGGCGCGGCAGCACGCGCUCUAUAUCUGGGAGAAGUCCAUCGGGAACAUCGUCAAGAUCCUGCACGGCACCAAGGGCGAGCUGCUGCUGGACGUCGUCUGGCACCCCAUCAGGCCCAUCAUUGCCAGCAUCAGCGCCGGGGUGGUGUCCAUAUGGGCCCAAAACCAGGUGGAGAACUGGUCAGCGUUCGCGCCCGACUUCAAGGAGCUGGAUGAGAACGUGGAGUACGAGGAGCGCGAGAGCGAGUUCGACGUGGAGGACGAGGACCGCUCCGUGGACCUCGCCGCCGACAGCCACCACGACGAGGAGGUCGAGGUGGACGUGACCACGUGUGAAGCGGUGGCAGCGUUUUGCAGCUCCGACGAAGAGGGCGAAGACGAGAAUGUACUGUCCUUCCUGCCGAUUGCGCCCGAAAUCGAGGAUCCUGAGGACGGUUGGGCGGCCACGCAGGAGACGGUGACGCCGACCGAAACCCCCGAGAAGAUGGAGCCGGCCGCCAAGAGGCCCAAGUGCAAGACCUACGACAUAUCGCUGAAGAUACCGCCACCUGAGCAACCAUUAUCGUUCGGUGGGAAGAACAAACAGCCGGCUGGCAGCAAGAAGGUCGCCGGGAGACCUCGCAAAUAAAUCAAUGUGUUUUAAUAA